CAUGUUCUCUGGGUCCAUCUCGGAAACAAGCAGCAUGUCUCUGCAGUGCACCAAGUCAGCGGGACACUGGAAGAUCGUGGUGUGGGAUGAGGAGGGCUUCCAAGGCCGGCGGCACGAGUUCACAGCUGAGUGCCCCAGUGUGCUGGAGCUUGGUUUUGAGACUGUGCGAUCUUUGAAAGUGCUGAGUGGAGCGUGGGUGGGUUUUGAGCACGCCGGUUUCCAAGGGCAGCAGUAUGUGCUGGAGCGGGGUGAGUACCCGUCCUGGGAUGCCUGGAGUGGCAACACGUCCUACCCCGCCGAGAGGCUCACCUCCUUCCGGCCCGUGGCCUGCGCUAACCACCGCGACUCGAGGCUGACCAUCUUUGAGCAAGAGAACUUCCUGGGCAAGAAAGGAGAGCUGAGUGAUGACUACCCCUCCCUCCAGGCCAUGGGUUGGGAUGGCAAUGAAGUGGGAUCCUUCCACGUCAACUCGGGGGCCUGGGUUGGCUCCCAGUUUCCUGGCUACCGAGGUUUUCAGUAUGUGCUGGAGUGUGAUCACCACUCAGGCGACUACAAGCAUUUCCGGGAGUGGGGCUCUCAUGCCCAGACCUUCCAAGUGCAGAGCAUCCGAAGGAUCCAGCAAUGAGCAGGGGGGCCAGCGCUGAGCAGUGAACAUGUGCUUGCCUGGAACAGAGGAGCUUUGGAGGCUGUUACAUGCUCUCUCCUCUGCCUCCCCCUGUAACCCGUACGACCCCAGCACCCAUGUGGACCAGUCCAUGCACAGUCAGCACGAAAAACUAAAAGUAAUUAAAAAAAAAAAAGUCUAGGGUU